CGAGGUCAAGGAACAGUGAUUAGGAAUAGACGAUAAGAGGGACUUUCCGACCGCAGCCCUUGACUUUGAGAAACACCCACUGAAUGGGAACCUUCAGGGUUGGUUGUUUCCGCGGGUAUUUAUUUGUAUGAUACACCCCGUGUCAUAUGACGUGGCCAAAAUGUCGUUAAUCUGCCGUCUAUUGAGUGUGCCAUGUCUCCUGUGUAUAUCAGUAGUUUGAAGUGUUAGCCCGGCCCGGUAACGUAAGCCGGCCCGGUAGCCCCUUGUGUUUCUUUGAUCCUGAACUUCCUUUAUGUGAACAUGGAGCAGGCAGCCAGCGUCAACGCAGAUCCGGUCGAACGCUCGGGCAGUAAUGGACGUUGCACUCAAUGGCGGAACUGGACUGGAUUCUGGCUCCUUGGAUUGUGCAACAACUUUGCAUAUGUGAUUAUGCUGAGCGCUGCCCAUGACAUCCUCAAAAAACAAGAGUCAGAAAACUCCACAGCACCUACUUCAGCCUCAUCAGCCGUGGAUUUCCGGAACAGCAGCAACAGUAGUCGCUAUGACUGCAGUCCUGUCUCCACUGCGGCAGUGCUGUUAGCUGACAUCCUCCCAACACUUGUCAUCAAGUUGUCUGCUCCCUUUGUGAUCCACAAACUGCCUUAUAGUAUCCGAGUAUUGAUCUGUGCCAUCAUGGCAGCAACAAGUUUCCUCUUUGUGUCCUUCUCCUCAGCUGUGUGGAUGAGCAUUCUAGGAGUGAUCUAUGCUAGUAUCAGCUCUGGUUUGGGAGAACUGUCCUUCCUUUCUCUCACUGUCUACUUCAGCAGGGAUGUACUGGCAGGUUGGGGCUCAGGUACUGGUGGUGCUGGUGUUGCUGGAGCCCUCCUAUACUCAGGCCUCACCCAAGUUGGCCUGUCUCCCCAGGAAACGCUUCUCAUCAUGCUGGUGGUCCCAUUUGCAAUGUUGAUUUGCUAUUUUUUCCUGCUGGUUCUUCCACGUUCAUUACCUCAGUGGAAAAGCAGGGAUACAGAAUAUACAGCUGUGGGCUCAGAGGAGAGACAGCAGCUGAUGGAUGGAUCAGAAGAAGAGGAGCAGGAGAAAUCAACCCCAGAGGACAGGACCACCAGCACACUCAACUUAACAGAGAAACUUCAUGUCAUCAAAGGCUUGCUGAAGUUUGUGUUUCCUCUGGGAUUGGUAUACUUUGCCGAGUACUUCAUCAACCAGGGCUUGAUGGAACUACUGUAUUUCCCCGAAGUUUUCCUGUCCCAUGCAGAGCAGUAUCGCUGGUACCAGACACUGUACCAAGUUGGUGUGUUGGUGUCUCGAUCCUCCCUGUGCUGUGUAAAGAUCAGGAAACUGUGGGCUCUCUCUUUGCUGCAGGUGUUGAAUGCAGUUCUGCUCCUUUUCGCUGUGCGUUACCAGUUCCUGCCCAGUGUCUGGCUGGUGUUCGUCAUAAUUCUCUAUGAGGGUCUGCUGGGUGGAGCGGCGUAUGUCAACACCUUCUACUUCAUCAGCAAGGAGACUGAAGACAGACAGAGGGAGUUUGCCAUGGCUGCUGCAAGUGUAGGAGACAGUCUGGGCAUAGCUCUGGCUGGACUCACUGCUCUCCCUGUCCACAGAUACUUCUGCUCCCUAUGAGCCAGCCCACACCCCAACCAGCAGAAUGAAGAAGCAGGACUUAACAGUGUCCCUUUUGAAGGAUUCCUUUUAACCAAAAUGAGUUAGAGACAUUUUUUAGUUCUACACAAAAAUAUUGGUUCCACAUACUGUAUUUAAUGCCUAUUCCUAAUCACAAAAAGUUAGCCAUCAAGAUGGAGGCUGGACUUGUUAACUAACCUGUCCUUUUCUCAGGGCCAAGCUGUGAGUAGCAGUGAUGAGAGCCAGUUAUCUCAUGACACAAAUAGUUUUCAAGAAGACAGCAGGGUAGACACUGUCUUAAAGUAAGGGGAAAAUCUGACAUCUUUUAUAUGGAUCAGUGUUUAAAGUAAAUGUAGUCCACUGAAGCAAUAAAUCCUCAGUAUAGACAAUAUAGACAGUGAGCAGAGUUUGCAGCUGCGCCAUCAGUUAUUUUUCCUCCUUCCAGGGUCAUCAUUUGAUGGAGAAUGUGAUCCAUGAUAAUGUCACCUACACCGAGCCUGCUACCUGCCAUAGAUGUGGUGUUUGGUAUGAGGAGGCAGUAAUGUACUCCAUACUGCUUUGGUGGAUAAAUAGAUCCGUCCUUUAUUAAUUACUAAAAUUUGGUUUGUGUAAUAUAUGUUUAUAACUAAAUUGUCUUUGGGAACAUAUCUUUCAUGUCACACAAUAUUGGGCUAUUUAAUAUGCUGAUGAAAUUAUUCAUUCAUUUGGCAUAUUUCCCACUGAAAAUGUUGGCUGAGGCCGUGGCUGCCGUGCAAAAAGAUAUGGCUGGCAGCAAGAACUCUCCGGAACCUGAGCUGUAGAGAGCAAACACCAACUAGCAGUGCCUUUGCUUAAAUCCCCCUCCGAUGCCUACAGAAACUGAAUAUUUCAGCGUGGGCAGUUUUAGUUGAAUACUGUUGCUGAGAGAACCUGUGUGCGCAGUGCAUGAAAGUUUUCCUUGCAUGCAUAAGGUGUGCUGGAGACCUCCAUCAGGAUUCUAAAAAAAAUAACUGGAAAAGACAACCAGACAAGGAUCAGGGCUUAGAGGACAGAUGACCACUGAGUGCGUGUUUUUGUUACUUAACGGUAUUUUGCUAUUUUGUUUAGUUGCCUCUUAGUGAAAAGCUAAAUUAUAAAAGAUAAACAAAGGGAGUGAGGCUGCACUGCCACUGACAGUAUGGAAAAUAAUGAAAGUAGUAGUAGCCGUAGCAGUAGCAGUGCACUAACAUUAGUGGUUCAUAUCAAUGCUUGUCCUGUAGCUGCUUCACAAGAAAAUGAUUUCUUUGGUUUAGUCCUACAAGCAUAUGAAGCAGCAAAACAGGGCAGGAAAUGUUCACUUUAUGUCUACAGCAGUUGUAACUGACGAAAUGCAGUAUGAACGACACUUAGCUCAGAGCAACAAAGCAUAUCACAUAAUUAGUUAAUAUUUUAAUUGCAUUUACAGAUUAUUUUUAAAGUGCCUCUGAAUGAAGCAUCUUAUUUUUAAAGAUAGCAUCUGCUGUAUCUUUGUCAUAUCAUAUAGUUUGAGGAGCUUCCUGUUAGUGGACAGAAGGUGGUGAGUCUGAACUAACCAAAAAGUGACACUAGAGUUGAGCAUUAGGUAACUGUAAUUUUACUGAUCUCAUUUACUAUUAUUCGUGACAAUAAAGUGUCAAUCUCUUACUGCCCUUUACAGCUGGCAUUGUACUCAAUAACCUAUUGCAACUUUAAAACCAAAAAUGGUAUAAUAAAAUGAUUGGUAAUAAACAACACAAAACAAGCACAAAAAAGCGUUUGUGAUGAUGUCUUUCUUUGUAUUGACUACUGAUAGUGUGGGAUAUUUAUUUUCUAUUAUGCAAUUACAGUUUUAUUUUGUGUCCUAAAUACUUCCACACAGUCAAAGAGCCUAACCAUUGAGUACUGACUGUUGCAACACCAUGGCAUUCAUUUUUGAAUAAACACAGUAGAAGUAAUGGUAACCAAGUUGCUUCUCUGAACAGAGAGCCAGUGGAUGAAAUAGUAUUAAGGCUCUGCGUAUUCGUAGAACCGGUUUAAUCAGGUUAUUGGUUAACUAACUGAUGUGUUAUUGGGUGUGAAUGCUGAAAGCAGCUUCAAAAUUCUUUAUUUGGGGCGCCUGCUGUGGAACGCAGGCACAACCUAUUACUAUUGUUCGCGUUUAUUAGUGUGGAUGCUUCAGCAGCCACACUAGAGGCUGACAUUUUUUCGGGAGUCCCAUGCAUCACGUGAUUCCCGUGGGAUUCCCACGGGAUGGGAAUCAGGUUCACUGUUCUUCAUGUGAUUGGGACGAGAUGGGGAAAAAAGUCAACGGGAGUGGGCGGAACUGGGAAUCAUAAUUAGGCAUGUCGCAAUAUGCGAUAAGUCGGUUAAUUGCACGGGAAAUUAAAAGGGAUUAAUUGCCAUAUUCAUGCAUGUUUGUUUUCCUCGUCUCUCUCCACCAAAGAGACUGGACGACAAGAGCGUUCACUUCCGUGCAUCGUCUGGCAGCCAGGUGAGUUGCGUCAUUAGCAUAAUGAACAGAGGGAAAGCUCUUGUCAUCGAGUGUCUUUGUCUCUGUGGGGGAGGCGGGGCUAUGGGCCACACACACACUGCGAUCUUCGUGAGGGGGAGAUGAGGCAGAGAAGAAAACAGAGUUGAGCAUAAGAGAAAGACAUGGAACUUGUUCCUAAACGAAAUGCCACGGCCCCUGUGUGGGAGUGUUUUGGAUUUAAACCAAAUGACAGAGGGCAGCCCAGUAAUUUGGACGAGCCAGUGUGCCGGGUUUGUUCUAAAAUCAUCUCAACAAAAAGAGCGAAUACGACCAACUUAACUGCACACCUGCUACAACAGUAACAUGCUGCUCUAACACUGAUGCUUCAGUAUUAAUAAUCUAACGAUGCCAUAUAUAAUCAGUCAGAGGAACCAAACACUACUUCUACUGCCAUACUUUAACUACAUUUUUCUCUGGUUCUUAUGACGUGUUGUCUGACCACAUCAGAAAUCAGGCCUAAUACAUCAAUGAUAUUUCAGUGGAAUAAAUUACUUAUUGACUUAUUCAUACUUCAAAAACAGCAUCAAUAAGUGAUCAACAUAGGGGGGGAUCAAAAUAAAAUAAAUAAAUGAAAUAAAAAUCAACCAGCCACCCUCCUCCCCUGACAAGUAAAGAACAGUCCCUAAAAUGCGCUGAGGUUUGUGGGCCGUUACCUGCCACAAAGAGAAAUGUGAACGGCUCAUUUCUCCUCUGACACAUCACAUACCUGUGUGCCGCCACGGCUCAGCUGUCCAGGCAUUUCUGGGCAGUCAUGAAAUCAACAAAGAGGAAAUUACUGGACCUGGAGCCGGACUUCUCCAUUGCCGGUAAGCCCUUAUCUUACGCGCAGCAUGCUCCUGAAUGAUUUGUUUUGCUUGCGCAAAACUAUUUUUAGUCGCAAAUCCAAGUAAAAUGCUCGCACCGUAGAGCUCUGUGGAAAACAAAUCACUGUAGCAUAAACAAAUCUAACCUACAAGUAAAAUGAAAUAAAUAAUAACUUUAACUGCUUAAAGAUACUCAAUAGCUCAGCUAAUACCUGAAAUGUCACUGGAUACAAACCACUGCAGCAGCAUGUUGAGUGCCAGGUGGCCAGCACGCGCCAUUAUUGGACAGCGCAUGGACACUCACCCUCUUGCGAUUGGACUUUGAACUUAUCCUACAGUAGUGGUACCAUGAGGUAUCGUAGUACUACGGUACUCCAACAAUGCUAGUGCGGGUGGCAACCAAUCAUGUCUCAAUUUGCGUGAUGCGUGAAAAGAGACAGAAAUGCUGUGCAGUCCCGCACAAUGCGGGACGUCUGGUCACCCUACUUAGCCACUUGCAAGCAGCAGCUAGUAGGGGGCCCCAUUAGGGGGGAUUCCAACGUGUUGUCGUUGUUGCAGUGUCUAUAGGGGUUCCAUCAUAUUGUCAUUGAUAUGGACCCAUGUCAGCCGUCUCUGGGGGCCCCCUUCCAGCUCGGGGCCCUAGGCAAUUGCAUAGUUUGCCUGUCUGGUUGUGACGGCCCUGGUGGAGUGAAUGUUAAAAUAGGGUGAAUUCAGGUAUAUUGGGGCACUUUUUGUAAUUCUAUCUAGUGAUUGCAUUUUUGUCAUCAAUUUGAAAAAAUAAACCAAGAUAUGAUGCAUUUCUGAAUUCCUCAAGGUGUCUACUUUCUUUAUGUGAAGAAAUUAAAUGUGUAUGAUAUUUCUACACAGCAUGGCUCACCAUUUUAUCAUAGCUGACACAAAACUUUCUUUCAGUGACAUGUUUGGUAAUUGGGGACAGCCUAUUUGGUAAUUUGGGACACACUUUCAUCAGUGUAAGUGCUUUCUUUCAACCCUAAUGACAUAUUUCAAAGAAUAUUUAAACUGAUUUCUUCUUUUACUUAGCCUUAAAUGCCUGACUAAGGUUACUUGGUACUAUGGGUUAGCCUAUUAUGUGUUAUGAUAGCUGAAUAAAUUAUUUCAUCAACAGGUUUAGUCUUAGGCUAUUGAUUAAGGUGUUAAAGUGAUUAAAGAAUCCAACAUGUUUUCAAAAAUGUUGAAUUUAUUGAAAACAGAUUCAUCAAUACAUCAAUUUAUGAAAACAACUCAUUGAGGGUUUUUUUUUUUUUAAAAAAAUGUAAACAAUAACAUUAAAAGCACAUUAAAAUUUCUGAUAUGACAGAACUACAGUGUGUUCAUCAAUGGCAUCAACAUUUUUGGAACAGAGUCAAUGUAAUUUUUUUUUUCACUUUGAGUUCAAGUAUCACCUCCUCUUUUCUCUUCAAUAUUAACAUUAAACCAUUAAAAAAACUACAAUGGCAUCAACAUCAGCAUUAUUGGAACAGUGUCAACAUGUAGGCUUAAACUUUUUUCCCCUAUUUAAUUUUGAGUUUCAAAUUUCACAGUCUCACAUUCAAAGGCAGUCCUUGCAAAGGUAUGUUUCAUCAUCAUCGAUCACUCCGUUUUCCUCCCCACAUGUCUGAUGGUACCACUUCUUGCAGGCUCCACAGGAAAUCCACUCCUCUUCCCAGAUAGCACACAUACAUCUGGCCGACGUCAGCCUGAGGAUGACACAUCAUUUAUAACGUCUGACAAGCGUCGGCCGCAUGGGCGGAUAUCUUUAAAUUUAAUACUCUUUUGUCCCAGCUCAUCAAAUGUCUCUGUUACAUCGGCUUUGGGUCGGCCCAGUGCCGUAGAAUGUCUGCCCACAUACGGAAGUCGCCACAGAGGCGGAAUUUCAUCUCCGCGGCCUUUGUUUGGAACUGAGCUCGCAGGACACAGCAUCUCAUCGCAGUUGGUUUCAGGUAAGCUAACUGGAAUAAAUUGGCAGAAAAUAGCUAUGUUGUUUCUUCUGUGACCGUUAAAAGAGGUUCCUGGUGAGUGGCGUGGCACGACUGGGUGUAUAUAUCUUAGCACAGGUCCCCACCAGCAAACGUUAUCUUUCGUUAGCUGUUAGCUAGUUUAGCGGUUUAGCUCAUGUUAGCUAACAGGCUAUAAGUGUGGUGUUUUCAUUUUAUUUUCCCUAGUUGGUGUUAUCUACUCAUCUGGUUAUCGUGAGCACUCAUUUUGGGUUAAAGUGGAAGUGCCCGGAGCUGCCACUCGUGGUCCUGCGGCCCCCCGGCCUGACCUCUGGGGCCUUGGACGAAUGCUCAAGUGUGGGUGACAGGAGCGGAGAGAAGCGCGGAGGUAAGGCGGGGCGGGCCGACACUGUGUAUCCCAGAACAGGUGCUCGAGUGCGGGUGACAGGAGCGGAGUGGAGCGGAGAGGAGAGGUCAAAUAGUGAAGUUUAAGGAUGCCUUCAGUAUGUUGGUAAUGUGAUUUUAUGGGCAAUUUAUCAGUUGAGGUCUCCUCCUCUGCAAAGCAAACUGACCCGGUGGCUACAGGUAAUAGCACAGUUUUGAAGCCACUGUUUUUCCGAGAUGAAGGACUGAUUGUUGAGCUGCUGUUAACAGUAACCCAAAGCCUUCAAUCUGGCUAAAAGACAGCUGAAAAAAAAUACAGUGGUGAAGUUGGGAUUUGUUUCUUGAAGUUAUGUGCUCAUCAUCUUUUCUGUGCCUUGCAGGCUGCCAGGAGAUGCGGACUGGCUGUCAGAUAUUGUUUGUGGAAAUUUGAAAAUAAAGUUUCUCAAAUUGA